GACAGCAGAUUACCCGUAUGAGAUCAGCUGAGAUUCGAAGUGAUAAUAAAAUUUAAUUUAACUAUAUUUUUGUAAUUUAAACACAGAUCUAGCUGAGUCCGCAAUGGAAAAGAAUUUCAUAAGUGUAUUGUUGCUUGUUCUACAAUUCAUCAACACCACUUCGUCGUUAAAUACUUAGAAUGGAUAUAUCAGAUUUUAUUAUUGGCGGUGCAGCUUCCCUUGGAGCUACAUACUUUACAAAUCCAUUAGAAGUGAUAAAGACGAGAAUACAACUUCAAGGCGAACUAUCUGCUAGUGGCACAUAUGUGAAGCCUUAUAAAGGAGUAAUUAAUGCGUUUAUUGUAGUCGGGCGGAAUGAGGGAAUAAGUGGUCUACAAAAGGGACUAGUGCCGGCGCUGUACUUUCAAUUUAUAUUAAAUUCUUUUAGAUUAGGCUUCUAUACUACGGCUAUGCAAAAAAAAUGGAUGCACAAAAAGAAUGGUGAUGUUUCCUUCCCACUGGGUUUGUUUUGGGGCGCGUUGGGUGGUUGUGUGGGCACAUAUUUUUCUAGUCCCUUUUUUAUGAUAAAAACGCAAUUGCAAUCACAAGCUGCUAAGGCUAUAGCAGUUGGCUACCAACAUAAGCACACCGGCACUUUCCAAGCCUUGCGCGAAAUUUAUACUGAGCGUGGUAUAACUGGUUUGUGGCGGGGUUCAAUGGCUGCUGUACCACGGGCAGCUUUGGGCUCCGGCGCACAAAUUGCCACUUUCGGCAAAACGAAGUCUAUGUUACGUGACAAUGGCUGGGUAACACAACCCACAUUGAAUUCCUUCUGCGCCGGCAGUAUUGCCGGCACUAUUAUGUCAUUGGCUAUAACACCACCCGAUGUGCUAACUACUCGACUGUACAAUCAGGGAGUUGAUGCCAGUGGCAGGGGUAUAUAUUACAAUGGUUGGCUUGAUUGUAUAGUAAAGGUUGUGCGCACCGAGGGUUUGCUUGGUCUAUACAAAGGAUUUUGGCCAAAUUACUUGCGCAUCGCACCGCAUUCUACGUUAGUGCUACUAUUUUAUGACGAAUUAAUGUCCAUUAGAGACAAAUAUUGUAGUUAGAAUUAUAAAUGUAAUUGACAAGCAACAGAGGCCUUAUAUGCACGCACAGUAGAAGAAAAUAGUGCAACUGUCCAUUUAAUUAAGCAAUAUUUUUUAUUUUUYUUCCAAAUUACUUGUUUUUGUUGUUCGUAAAUAUGCCAAUUGUUAUCUCUCAUAUUGUUCAUGUUUAAGCGUGAUAUUUAUAACAGUAGCCUUUUACAUUAGUAUGCUUGUAUUUGUAUAUAGCAUUGYUUAAUUUAAAAUAAAAAAUAUUUUUGAAAAUAGUG